AUUUUGGCACUCCCUUGGCAACGAUGGCAACAUCGUUCGACAACGUGCGAGUGCUGGGGCCUCUCACGGAAGAGUACGCCGAGAUCUUGACGCCGGAUUCACUUCGCUUCCUUGCCUACCUCCACGACACCUUUGAAUCCCGCCGCCAGGAAUUGCUCCGCGCCCGCAUCGCCCGUCAGGCUGACCUCGAUGCUGGUGUCCUACCUACCUUUCUUCCCCACACCAAGUACAUCCGUGAGGGGGAUUGGCGUGUUGCAUCGAUUCCCAUGGACCUGGAAGACCGACGUGUGGAAAUCACGGGGCCAGUCGACCGCAAGAUGGUGAUCAAUGGCCUCAACUCUGGAGCCAAGUGCUACAUGGCGGACUUGGAGGAUUCGAGCUCGCCGACGUGGGUCACUCUUGUAUCCGGCCAAGUCAACCUCCGAGAUGCCGUCCGCCGUACAAUCACGUUCGAGCAGCCAGGAACUGGCAAAAAGUACGCGUUGAACGAGACCACAGCGACUUUGCUCGUGCGACCUCGUGGUUGGCAUCUUGACGAAGCACACGUAACCGUGCGAGGUGAAAUCAUGUCGGGCAGUUUGUUUGACUUUGGCCUGUACUUCUUCCACAAUGUGCACGAACUCCGACUCCGAGGGUCGGCGCCGUAUUUUUACCUGCCCAAACUCGAGGGCCACUUGGAAGCGCGGCUCUGGAACGACGUGUUUAUCGCCGCGCAAAAGUACCUGGGCGUCCCUGUGGGCACGAUUCGCGCCACGGUCUUGAUCGAAACGCUCUUGGCUGGGUACGAAAUGGACGAGAUCCUGUUUGAGCUCAAGGAGCACUCGAGUGGGCUCAACUGUGGCCGGUGGGAUUAUAUCUUUUCGUUCAUCAAGAAGCUGCGCGCACAUGCGGCGUACGUACUCCCCGACCGAUCCGCGGUAGGGAUGACGGCUCCGUUCAUGGCCGCCUAUGUGAAGCUUCUCAUCGAGACGUGCCACCGCCGUGGCGCGCAUGCCAUGGGCGGGAUGGCGGCUCAAAUUCCUGUGAAGAACAACGCAGAGCUCAACGACCAGGUCAUGGCGGCGGUGCGAGAGGACAAGUUGCGCGAAGUCCGUGCUGGUCACGACGGCACAUGGGUGGCACAUCCAGGGCUCGUGGGCAUUGCUAUGGACGUGUUCAAUUCGAAUAUGCCAUCUCCUCAUCAAAUCGGAAAGCCGACCAACUGCGAGACCAAGAUUCAAGCGGCAGAGUUGCUGCAAGUGCCGCGCGGUGGUCGAAUCACCGUGAAGGGUCUGGAAGAAAACAUCGAUGUCGCGCUCGUGUACACGGAGGCGUGGCUACGUGGCGUUGGGUGCAUCCCGCUGCACAACAAGAUGGAAGAUGCUGCAACCGCCGAGAUUUCACGAAGUCAGGUGUGGCAAUGGAUUCGGCAUGAUCAAUCGGCCGUCAAGGACAACGGCGACGCCACACGCAUCACCAAGACGUGGGUGGCACAGAUCCUGGACGCGUGUGUUGCACAACACGUUGGAGCGUCUUCGGCGCUGCAUAAAUUUGACCUCGCCGGGCAAAUUGUGCUGCACACCCUCACGAGCGACACCUUCGUCGACUUCAUCACUUUGCCGUGCUACCCCUACGUGAUCUCUCUUGCCUAGUUCAUGGAAUUCAUCGCCAUUUUCGUUUGGAUUCCUUUUAAGCGCCUCACGAAGCGAUCCCAACUGCUACGUAUGCGUACAAAGAAGGAAUUCCAUCGGUGGCAUGUCCACCGUUGUGCUUUUUCUCAUUGGAGCAUCGUACGCUCCUUCAUCUGUAUGCUGCUCGAAGCACAGCGAGUACCGUGGGAUCGUUUCUGGAGCUGGUCAACUUGGUCAUGAGCGAAUCGUGAUGCAGCGUCCACAAAAUGAAACAAAAAGCAACGACAAUUAGUCGGUUGCCACCUCCAUCGCACGCCAUUGUGUACCUCUAGGCAUCGAGACUCGAAUCCAGUUCUCUUGGCUGUCGUGCGUACCAAGUCGGGCAAUAGGCAAAGCAUCAGUUGGUGACUUCCAAACGGUGCAAUUGCACCCACGUCCGUCGUCAAUAUGCAGGUUGUGGCAAUGGUGUCGGGUCACAUACCUUGCGGUCUCUCUCCUAGAUACAAGGUCAUCGUAAAGCCCUGCGAACUCAGCACUAACAACAUGUGCCUAAUCGCAUCACUGGCGACAGCUUUAUUCAUCUCUCCUCCAUUCUAUUGUUCGGUUCUUCAAUUCGUCGCAGUGUCGACGACGUCUUGGGCCUGGAUGCGAGCGUUUCGCAGAGCCUCCGCGAUACGGAACCGCGCGACCGACCCCUUCUUGCCAAGCUCGGCCUCAGACGUAAUGCCCAUGAGAUAGUUGUCCAAACCGCCAGCCUUGUCAACGCAUCGCAGGGUGUGCGUCGUCACGUGCAACGAAAUCUUUUCAUCCAAAGCUUCGCUGUACAACGCCUUGUGGUGGGCGUUGACCUUCCAGGCACGGCGGGUCUUGCGUUGUGAGAAAGACACAUUGUUACCAAAAUGCUUGUCGCGACCUGCAAACAGACCACGGAGAGCACGCCCAGACACGUGUUGGGGUUGCGCCGCCCGCGCGAACUGCUGCAUCACGAACGAGAUCGAGGUCAUCGC